AUUUCCCCUCGUUUCUACCAUUUUUACUUCUGCAAAAAUGCCCAGUCGUCUCUCCCUCUCUCCAGAAUCUUCUCCGAUCAUUUAAACAACAGUAGUGUCUUCCAUAGCCGCCAGAAAGGGGAGCACACAACUCUCGAGAUCCUCUCUCAUGAUGGAGGAUGUUAAGGAGCAGCAAAGUCAAUCCAAUGGUGAUUUUUCACUUCCAGGUAAAGAUAGUGAGAGUGAAAUAGUUGUUGAAAAUGCAGCAGCUGUGCAUGGGGAACCUCCUCAAGGUGAUGGUGUACCACCCAAAGUUGAUUCUGAGGUUGAAACCGUUCAUGAGAAAGUCACAAAGCAAAUUAUUAAGGAAGGUCAUGGUCAGAAGCCAUCAAAGUAUUCAACAUGCUUCUUGCACUACAGGGCAUGGGCUGAAGGCACCCAGCAUAAAUUUGAAGACACAUGGCUUGAACGGCGACCACUGGAACUGGUUUUAGGAAAAGAGAAGAAAGAAAUGGCUGGCUUGGGCAUUGGUGUCUCGAGCAUGAAGUCUGGGGAACGGGCACUGCUACAUGUGGGCUGGGAAUUAGGUUAUGGAGAGGAAGGAAGCUUUUCUUUCCCAAAUGUUCCACCCAAGGCAGAUAUAGUCUAUGAGGUUGAGCUAAUUGGGUUUGAUGAAGUCAAAGAAGGAAAAGCCAGGGCUGACAUGACUGUGGAGGAAAGGAUUGGUGCAGCAGAUAGACGAAGGAUGGAUGGAAAUGCUCUAUUUAAGGAGGAUAAAUUUGAGGAGGCCAUGCAGCAGUAUGAAAUGGUCACCAGCUUAUCUUCCUUUAUUUUGGCCAUCACCAGCUUAUCUUCCUUUAUUUUGGCCAUCACCAGCUUAUCUUCCUUGAUUGUUGCUCUUUGCACCUCUAAAUACUUCAUUUGCACCCCUUUUACUUUGGUGAGUUCUGACGUUCUGUUUCUGCAUCAGGCCAUAGCAUAUAUGGGUGAUGAUUUCAUGUUCCAGUUGUUUGGUAAGUAUCGGGACAUGGCUCUGGCUGUUAAAAAUCCUUGCCACCUUAACAUGGCAGCCUCUCUGAUAAAGCUCAAGUGCUACGAAGAAGCCAUUGGCCACUGCACCACUCAAAAGGAACUCUAUAAAGGACUUUUUGGCCCAAGACCUGAACCUAAACCCAAGAGAAGGAAUUGGCUAAUCCUCAUCUGGGAAUGGCUUCUUUCACUAUUUUACCGGCUCUUCAGGCGUCAAAGAAUCAAAGCGGAUUGAUUAAUUCGGCCAAACAUGAGUUAAACCAGAUCUUGAAUAACUAUUAACGUUUAUUGAUAGUGUUAUUGACAACUGCUUCUCUCUGAAAUGUUAGAAGUCUUUGCAAACAAUGCUUUAUUUAUUUAUUUAUUCAUUUUGAAUUGCACCGUGAAAUGAUGAAUGU